CUGUGUUCAUAAUAUCCGACCGUCGUCGCAUGGUUGCAGUGUCUCGCAGAGACAGGUUCAAAUUAAUAUAGAGAUGGUACACCAACAUUACACAGUGGCGUUGGUUGGAACCUUUUUGUUGCUGAUUUCAUAUCAAGUAUCGUCAACUAAUGCACAAUCUAACAAAACCGUCGAUGAAAGACUUUACGAGAAGUUGUUUACAAAUUACAACAACAGGCUUCGGCCGGUGCCAGCUGCUUUCGGCCCCACUACGGUAAACUUGACGAUGCGCUUUCGAUACCUAAUAGAUGUUGAUGAGCGUCACCAGGUAUUCAAUGGAGUAUCGUGGAUUUACCAGAUUUGGACAGAUCCUAGACUUAGUUGGGACCCGCUUGAAUUUAAUGAAACCGAAUUGUUUGUUGCAAAACUUACCCAGAUCUGGUGGCCACAUCUCAUCUACAACAAUGAUGCAAGUGGUACAUUUCCAAUCAUUGGUAAAUUCGACACGGAGGUUAUAGACGCAUUGAUCUCUUCAAAUGGAGAAGUGUCCGUGUCAUUUCCCAUCCAGCAUAUCACCUUUUGUGCCAUAUCAAUAGGUAGAUUUCCAUUGGAUUCACAAACCUGUUCGAUUCGGAUCGCACCCACUGGAGUGCCGUCUACAAUUCUGAAACUGGAUCGAGGAAUAAAUAAUGGCUUGAUACUCGAUGCUGUGAGCGAAGAGGGUCAGUGGAAUAUUGUCGCCGGUCGCGUUUUUGCAGAGAGUGAAAACGGGAGUAUUUAUCCGGAUGGAGGUGAAGUGGGGAUUUCGUCGAUUUUGUACGAAAUAGACAUAUGUCGUAAACCAAACUAUUACACUUUAACUAUUACUUUCCCAGCAACGAUUAUUAUGUUAAUGUCGCUAUUUGUGUUCUUUAUUCCAUGCGAUUCUGGAGAAAGAAUGUCGUACAUAGUUUCUCUUGUUCUAGGAGUUAUGAUAUUCCAGCUGUUCGUUGAAGAAACUCUACCGAAGGUGUCAGAGCGCCCUCUACUAGGUCAAUAUGUCACUAGCAUUUUUGUGGUACAAGUUUUCAUUGUAUCAGGUUCUGUGGUGUCAGUUUGUCUUGUGAACAAAUCAAACCGGCGUGUUUCUCCCCCUCUUUGGAUCAGGCGUCUGGCCUCGUUCUGUAACCACUGCGUAUGCUUUUCAAAACAUAACACUACAGUCGAUUCAAGUCCCAGUGGGGAGAAUGAUACCAUGGCGACUGUCGCUUCCCCAGAUGGCAUGGUUUUAUCUACGAAUGAAGGCAAUCAUUUAGAUGAUUCCAAGAAACCUGGUAAUGAUAAUAAUAUUCCAACGGACUGUGAGAGCUGGCGGACAGUAGCCGGGGCAUUGGACAUCAUUUUAGGAUCACUGUCGUCGGUCUUCAUCAUCACUAGCAUCUGUCUUAUUUUGAUUUAUACUUGGUCAAAUACAUGUAUCGAUUAUCGGAAUGUAUGAAAAUAUAUUGAUACACAGGAAA